GCUGUCCCGAAGCUAGGAUCGCCAGUGUAACUACAUUUAAAAAACUCGACGAUCGUCAUCUCAUCCAUACAAGCAUCAUCACACCUGCAUCCACGACCAUAUCAUAUUAUACGCAAACAAUGCAGUACCUGACGCUGUGGUCGUGCUCGAUAAUCCUGCUGGUGCUGUCAGCCGCGGUGAUAGGCGGUGUAAUAUUCCUGCUGGGUCUCCUGCGAUUGUACGUGUACCUGUCGACCGGAGUGUGCAAGAGCCGGGCCAACAUGAAGGGCAAAACGGUCCUCAUAACUGGCUGUACCUCCGGCAUUGGCCGCGAAACUGCUCGCGAUCUCGCGAAACGCGGGGCUAGGGUCAUCAUGGCUUGCAGAAACGUCGUCGCUGCGACAGCGCUCAAAGAUGAACUAGUAAAAGAGAGCAGUAACAACGAGAUCGUGGUGCGCAAGCUUGACCUUUCGUCACUGGAUUCGGUGCGCGACUUUGCCAAGCUGAUAAACCGCGAGGAAAACCGGCUCGACGUUCUGAUUCACAAUGCCGGCACUGCCGAGAUGUUCAACAAAAAAAUCAGCGACGACGGCAUCGAAAUGACUAUGGCUACCAACCAUUAUGGACCUUUCUUGCUUACCCACCUGCUCGUAGAUCUUCUGAAACGCUCGGCACCGAGUCGCGUGGUCGUCGUGGCAUCGGAACUCUACCGGCUGUCAACCCUGAACCUCGACAAUGUCAACCCAACGACUUCGCUGCCUGCCUACCUGUACUACGUGUCCAAGUACGCCAACAUCGUGUUCAGCCUAGAAUUGGCCCGUCGCCUCGAGGGCACCGGGGUCACGGUGAAUUGCCUUCACCCGGGCAUGAUUGACAGCGGGAUAUGGCGCAACGUGCCGGCCCCGCUCUCCUGGGGACUGUGGCUCAUCGUCAAGGGAUUCUUCAAGACGCCCGAGCAGGGGGCCCAGACGACGCUGCAUCUCGCUGUGGCCGAGGAACUCAAGACCGUCAGCGGAAAGUACUUUUUGGACUGCCACGAGAGCAGUUUGUCUUCAGGUGUCAGCGAUCCAGCCAAAGGUAAAAAGUUCUGGGAGUUGAGCGAGAACCUCGUGAACCUUCAGCCGACAGACCCUAAAAUAUAAAGUCAAAGUAAUAUAAGAAUUCAAAUUUCAUUUCCGUCCUCUUGAACGUAUUAUUUUUAUUUUUAACUUUAUGUAUAUGUCUAUAGACUUUGGUUUGAAUUUUUAUAUUUAUAUAUU